AUGGCUUCUGCCUCCCGGUUAUCUGGGAAACGCCUGCCCAUUAGUUGUCAGGCAUGUCGAACACGAAAGAUCCGUUGCUCGCGUGAUGGUCGUCCAUGCCAGACAUGUGUACGACGAGGACUGGGGGCUGAGGACUGCAUCUACCUCGGCCAGCCUCGACUAUCAUCCGAACAGACAUCACCCGCAGAUCCCAACGUGCAAAAUGAACUGCUAGCACGCAUUCGCAAUCUUGAAAGCAUGCUCCAGAAACAGGUCCACUCGCAGGCUGGAACGCCCGUAGCAGGCUCUCCACUGGGUCCUCCAAGUGUCUCUGGUAGCUUUACGGAUUCUGAUCUUGGUGCGGGGCUCGACACUUGGGGAAGUCCGAUGUCGGGCAACGUGGGGACUCUCCACACCUCACCUUCAGGCCAUGUGCGUUAUGUGCCUCUUGCUUCGCAGUGGGAAUCUGUGGUGGCUAAAUGCCCCGCUGCGGAGUGCUUGCGGAGCCCUGACUCGGACAUCGCAGACGACGACGAUCUGCAAAUCCCGUUCGCUCGAAAUGGCAACAUCUCACGCGCGGACCUUUUGGCUAUUUUGCCGCCCGGUCGAUACUGUGAUACAUUGAAGGAAGUAUAUUUUCGAGUUUUUUCGCCCGUCUUUCACAUCCUUCAUGACUUGACGUUUGAGGCCGAGUAUCAACAGUUUUGUCACGACCCUGGCAGUGUAUCAACAUCUUGGCUCGCCUUACUCUUUGCAAUGUUAGCUAUCUCGGUCAGUGCACUUGAUGAUGACGACCCACUGUUGUCCGAUCUAGGUCGGGAACGGACCGUAAGUCGGAAUAUCAAGGUGUUGUCGGCACGCUACCGAUCUGCUGCCCUUCAAUGUUUAGCUGCCGACAGCGUGAUGACUCGGCACUCAAUCAACUCCCUACAAGCAUUGGUCCUCAUCGGUUAUGCACGCCUUCAUCGUGGGCUACCUUUUUGGACAUUACUUGGGUUUACUCGGCAUGUCGCCAUAUCCAUGGGCUGCCAUAUCGACCCAGAGAGGUUCAUUCUAGGACCCAUUGAACGAGAAGAACGGCGUCGAGUUUGGGCGGGUCUGAUGAUGCUCUACACAAUUCAGAACACAUCAUUCGGAAGUUUAGAUCAACAGUUUAUCAUGCAAGACGUGAGAAUGCCAGCCGAUGUCGACGACAUCGACCUCCUCACUGGCCCAACAAUAUCCCUAACAUCCGGCCCUUCAUCCUCACCAUCAGCUAGCCGGCCAACACAAAUGACCUAUCUCCUCCUCACUUUCCGCCUCUAUAAAGUUUCCAACAAAAUUUGCGAAACGAUAUUCACGUACCCUCAAUCCCGCUUCUCCGUCUCCCAGCUCGAAGCUGAAAUUGUCUCAAUUCGAGAAAUGUGCGACUCGCGCUAUCAGCUCGACGCUGCACAGAACCCUCUCCCGGUGCAGCACCAGGCCAAUCUCAACAUCCUCUAUAGCCAGAUCAACCAACUCUUUCUUCUCCUCCUUAGGCCCAGUCUAUGCCGGUUUCUCCAAGGCGAAGUCACGACGGAGACCUACGCUGCAAGAGCCAAGUGCAUGGCAUCCGCAAAGGCGUCUCUCUCAAUCUUCCGAGCACUCUUGGGAUCCGCCCAGUUCACGCCAUAUAAAUGGUAUACUAGUGGCCUAGGUAGCUUCCACGCCUUUCAUGCGGCUGUUGUCCUCGCCGUUGGACUCAUGAAUCCUGAGAACCAGGCCGAGUUCGACGAGAUCAAGGACAUGUUAAACAAAGCUCUAGACUUGUUUGCUUCGCUCUCAGUACGAAGUAUAUUCUGCAGCAAGGCCGUUCCCAUCAUUCGACAAAUUAUAGAGGUGGCUUCAAACUAUUAUCACACUCAACCUCAAACCAAACUCCAACACUCCCAACCCCCGACUCAGACCCAAAUUCAAAAUCCUAUGCUCACCACUCUUCGCCCAAAUCUUUCUUCGGUCACCAUGCAUGAAAGCUUUGUCCUCUCACACCCGCAAGCUCAGUCCCCAGUUCCGACUAUCGCAUCGCCAUCGAGUGAUCCAAGUAUGCAGUCUAGUUUUGGGGUAUCGCUACAACCACAGAAUUGGAUCGGGCCGACAUCUGUUCCUUGGGAUACCCUAGGCUCUUCACUAGGGCAGUUCGGGUUUGACUAG